AUGGGUAAUCCGUUUAAUCCUGUGACGCCGGAUCGCGCUGCAGUGAAUAUGUCGAAGCUUUAUAUUAGCUGGAAGCUCUUGACGCAGGACAUUAUUGGCCACAUAUCUUUUUUAACCUACCUGAGCUGCGCCACAGGGCACAUGGCAAGCUACCUCACAAAUGAGACUUUGCCGGCUGAGGGUACAAAUUGCCAAAGUGUAGGAACGACAAGGAUGAAUUCGACACUCCUGCUCACAAUACUCUCACCAAUUGGCUCGCCGAUUACGAUUGAUAUCGAUGUGAAGGUUAAGAUGGUAGUGGCUAUUUCCCAUGACAUUCCCAGAUUCGUGAUCUUAAAAAUUGAGAUCUAG